AUGCGAACAUGUGAUCCAAAUUCAGCCUUUUUUGGGUUUAUGGGGAUUGCAGCAUCCUCUAUUUUUUCAAAUUUGGGAGCAGCAUUCGGUACUGCUAAAAGUGGAGUAGGGGUUUGUAGUGUCGGUGUAAUGAGACCCGAUUUAAUCAUGAAAUCAAUUUUACCAGUUGUUAUGGCCGGAGUUCUUGGUAUUUACGGAAUUAUUAUGUCUAUUAUUAUCUCAGGAAAAAUGUCACCUGCUGCUAGUUAUUCAAGCUUUUUAGGAUACACACAUUUAGCAUCUGGUUUAAUAGUCGGAUUAAGUUCAUUGGCUGCUGGUUUGGCUAUUGGUAUUGUUGGUGAUGCUGGUGUAAGAGCAAAUGCACAACAAAACCGAUUAUUUAUUGGAAUGAUUUUAAUCUUAGUUUUCUCUGAAACUUUGGCAUUAUAUGGUUUAAUUAUUGGCAUUUAUAUUUCCUUAUCAGACGCAAGCAACCUAUGUACACCCUACACCAAUUAG